CGGAGCAGGAGUGCCUGUGACAGUGGACUGCUUUGAUUCAUGUCGCUGUGGAGCCUCAUUUUUGGAUUGGGAGAACAAUUAAUGAACAUAGAACAGAGCGUAUGAAGGAGGAGAAAAUGAAUGUGGAGGCUCUGAGCAGAGCAGAGCUGCUGACUCUCCUCAGUAUCUUGGAGGGAGAGCUGGAGGCCCAGGAUGUGGUCAUACACACCCUCAGGGCUCAACACAGAGAUGCUUUCAUCCAGGAACGCUACGGCCAGUAUGACCUUAGCGAUCCAUUCCUGGCGCUGCAGCGGGACAGCGAAGCUGUGGAGCGCCAAAACACACUCACCCCGCAUCACACCCACCAGCAGGGUCGAGCAGUGGGCCCAAAUCCUCUGGCUGUGCUUAAACUGGUCAUGGCUCACUGCAAGAGGAUGCAGGACAGGAUGAUGGGACAGUUGGCUGCUGCUGAGAGCAGACACAGGAGGAUGAUAGCUGAUCUGGAGGAGGAGAAACGACGGCGUGCCCAGGACUCGGCACAGAGCGAUGAUUUCACCGUCAUGCUGCAGACAGAAAGAGACAAACUGCUGCAACAGUUGGACGUAGAGCGUGCAGCUGUGCGGAGGUUAGAGAAGGAACAAGCACAGUUGGUGAGCAAGGUGGAGGAGUCACUGUCCCAGCAGCAGCAGCUCUCCUCCAGUCUGACCCUGGAGCUCCAGAAAGCCAGCACCCAGGCACAGGAGGAGGCUCAGAAGGUCUGCAAACUUCGCACCUUGCUCCAAGAGGAGACCAGUGCCCUGGAAAAGAUCCGAGGGGUUCUUGAAAAUGAGAAGAGCAGGUCGGCCCAGCUAGAGGCCAGGUCUGAGAGGCAGCUGGCUGAGUUUGACGCAGAACGGGAGCAGAUGAGAGCCAGGAUCAGCAAAGAGGAGGAGAGGAGUAGGGAGCUUGAAAGACAGGUGGAGGAGCUGAGGAAGAGGUUGGCUGAACCUGAAGGAUGUAAACAGGAGGUAAAGGAGACUGUGACGGAGGGGAAAGACGCACUUUCCAAGAUGAUGGUGGUGUCCACCUCUGUUCAGACUGAACCGGAUGGAAAGGUAACUGUCACCCCUAAAUCCACCUCACUGUCAAAGGUCAAUGGCCAUCACACACAUAAAGAGACCGAACCAACGCAGGAAGGGAGGGGAGCAGAAAAUGGAGGGGUGGUAGAGAAUGGGGGAGGAGCACCUUUGCAUUCCCCUCUUCACCCUCAUCCUCACCCUCACUCUCCCUCCAGCACAGCCUCCUCAUCUCUCUCCUCUUCCCCCAUUUCCUCCCCCGUUCUUGCCAAGCGUCUGGGCAGCCCAGGUUUCCAUCAGUCCUCGUACCAGGCCGGAGUCAACCAGCGAUUCCAGGCUGCCAGGCACAAGUUCCAGAGCCAGGCUGAGCUGGAGCAGCAGCAGCAUGGUGGGCCUCUUUCCCCCAGAGACCUCUCCCCCACCACCUCCUCCAUCCCUCCCCCAUCAGAGCACAGCACAGCUAAGCAGCUGGCCCGCAACACGGUCACUCAGGUGCUGUCCCGCUUCACCAGCCAGCAGGCUGGAGUCAAGCUGGCACCAAUCAGCAGCUCUCCAUUUGGUACAGACUACCGCAAUCUAGCAGCAUCUCCUCCUGGGGGCAGGUCGCCUUCUUCGGGGCCCCUGUCUCCAGGCAUCCGCUCGCCCCUCACUCCUCGCUCAGAAAAGACCCAUCCUCCUCCUCCGAUCCCUCCCAAGAAGCCAGGCAUGAGUCCAACUCCAGGCUCCCCGAGUCACUCUGCUCGGACCAGCCUCUUCCCUGAGCUGACUGGGAACUGUGGGCACAGCAACAACGGACAAGAGGAAGCCAAGGAACCGGACCUUGUUUUAUCGUCUAGCAGCUAACGGCCAGAUCAUACUCAAAAUAACUGCUAAAUGAGUCAGGCCUUAAUCAAAAGUUACUGUAAUAUUCAUCUUUGCUAGCCCUUGAGCACACUCAUAAUCAGUAGUAUAGACAUUUCAAAGCUGAACUGGUUCAAACAGAUGCAUUUAGGAGUGUGUUGCACCCCUACCUCUAUGCCACAAUUUGAGAAACAAUUGGGAAAGAAUAUAAUAUAGUAUAUUAUGGAGUCUUUCAUUGGAUUUAAUUUCUCUUAUAAGAACUUUCCUGUCUUUAUUUCUUCAUGCAGAAUAUUUCCGAGUAUGAAAUUUUGGAAUUAAAAUAAUUAUCUCAAUCAUUUUCUACUUUAACCAUACAUUAAGGUUGUUGAGAGACCAUGUACAAAGAGACCUUUUGGUUCUGAAGAAAAAAGUGACAAUGGGUUUUCAUAGCACAACACUCCUUUCCUCUUCCCUUAAUGCUCAAACUGCCAGUCCUUUUAGAAUAAGACUUUAGUCAGAUGCCAAACUUUAUAGCAAGUAGAAGGAUUAAAUCCAUGGAUGUAGAGUGUAGCAAAUGUGUAGCUAUCACCUUUUCACAAUAGAAUAGUGAGUAGUUUUGAAAUGUUUUCCCAACGGAUUCUUAUGCAAUUCUUGCAGAGAUGAAAAGAAUAUUAUACUGUAAAUAGUUUCAAUGAACAUCACAUGCAUGUGCUGUUUUUUUUCUAUUAUACUUGUCAUGAAUACACUGAAUCUUAUCUUGAAAAGGGAGAGCACACUUUGCACUACAUUACUGUAAGAUACUGUACGUCUACGAUUUCAGAUGUUUUAUUCAGGGAAGAUUCAUUUCUGCUUCACGCAAUCCAAGAAGAACUAUGUGUCAUGAUUAUGCGAUAACUCUUUGAUGUAUUCCAUCGAUGAAGAUAAAGGGGACUAAAGGUUUGAAUCUUGCUACUGUAACAACUGUUUCUAUAGUACAUGUCAAAUACUUUGCAUAGUAUUGUGUGUUGUCCUAACAGUAAUACACAUCAGAUGUUCCUUUUAGGUUUACAGUGUUUUCACGUUUUGUUUUCUAUCUUUUAAAACCAAGAAUUGAAAGUAAUUAUUUUAGCCUAUCAAUAAGUCUGUUGAUUUAUGCACUGCUUGUCUGUGAGGGGCUUUAGUAAAUAUGCACAUCAUCAACACCUGCAACACCUAGAGCUGUUUUAAAUAAAUUACACUUGCCUUAAUGCUUA